AUGAGCCUCCGCCUCCGGCUCUGCCUCCCGUCCGACCUGUUCCACCUUCUCGGGAUUCCCCGAAGAACCGAGUUUCUAGUCUCCGUCGGCGGACGUCCACACCGUCGAGAUAUUUCUCGGCCUCCUCCAUCCUUUCUCGUCCAGUCUCAAGUAGCCGUCGGUGGCACUAGCUUUAUUCCCUCUUCAUCUUUCUCCUUCAUUUUUUUGUUUGCUCAUGCUGGAUCUGGAUCUGUGUCUUUGUUCCAAGGCGGUGGACGGAGGAGUGGAGGACGGAGGCGGUUAGACACGCUGUGUAAUCCUCUUUGCAACCUUUUCUUUGACUUGAUGCUGGUGAAUCUAAUGCAUAUAAUUUUGUUCUUGACAGUGAUCGCAACAAUAUGCAUGCAAGAUUACACAGAAGCUGCCACAGUUGUGUUUCUAUUCUGCGUUGCAGAUGGAAGCUUUGCUAAAGCCAAGCCCUUUUCUUAG